AUGAAUGGCUCCGAAAUCAAGAAGGUCGCCAGCAACAAGAUCAAGCAAGUCGCAAACGCUGCGAAUAAUGCUGCGAAUGGCAGCGGAUCUCAGAAGAAAAAGAGAGGUACCGGUCUAAAGCCCAUUAUUACGACCGAGGAUCAACAAGCCGCAGAUGCAAGCCCUAAGAGCAACAAAUUAAACACUUCAGCGACAAAUUCCCCAAUGUCAACCUACAAGACUCAGCCCAGCCGAUCGUCGUCCUCGUCGACAGAAGAGGAAGAUGCCAAUGUCACAGCGGAGGAGGAAGACUCGGAAGAUUACUGCAAGGGUGGCUAUCAUCCUGUCAGUGUUGGUGAAAAUUACAAAGACAAUCGAUAUACCGUCACUCGAAAGCUGGGCUGGGGUCAUUUCUCGACGGUUUGGCUUGCGCGGGACAAUAAAUCUGGCAAACAUGUCGCUUUGAAGGUGGUAAGAUCAGCAGCGCACUACACCGAGACUGCAAUAGACGAGAUCAAGCUCCUUAACAGAGUUGUCGAAGCAAAUCCGAACCAUCCUGGCAAACGAUACGUGGUUGGCUUGCUGGACUCUUUUGAACACAAGGGUCCAAAUGGUGUGCAUGUAUGCAUGGUUUUCGAGGUACUUGGGGAGAACUUGCUCGGUUUGAUUAAGAGAUGGAACCACCGCGGCAUUCCGAUGCCCCUCGUCAAGCAGAUCACGAAGCAGGUACUUCUGGGUUUGGACUAUAUGCAUCGGGAAUGCGGCAUCAUACACACAGACCUGAAACCCGAGAAUGUUCUGAUAGAGAUCGGCGAUGUCGAAAAGAUUGUGAAAACCUUCGUCAAAGAUGAACCAAAAGCCGAUGCAAGAGAAGGCAACCCCAACGGCCGGAGGAGACGCAGGACCAUCAUCACUGGGAUCUCAACAGAACCGCCAAAAUCUAUGAUAGAAAUGCUGGGCGUAAAGGGCGCUAAAGCCGCAGACGGAGCGUCGCCUGAUCCAAAACACCAAGAAAAGACUGCUGAAAACCUAUCUCAAACAAUUUCUGGUAUAUCGUUGAACAAGAACACGUCCCCAAAACGGCAAAGUGAAGACGACACAGACGGUAUAGAGCUGAUAUCUGUCAAGAUUGCAGAUCUGGGGAACGCCUGUUGGGUUGGUCAUCACUUUACGAACGAUAUCCAAACAAGGCAAUAUCGGUCGCCUGAGGUCAUACUUGGUGGUAAAUGGGGAGCAAGCACGGAUGUCUGGAGCAUGACUUGUAUGGUCUUUGAGCUCAUUACAGGCGACUACCUAUUCGAUCCUCAAUCUGGCACGAAGUACGGAAAAGAUGACGACCACAUUGCCCAGAUUAUCGAGCUCCUAGGCAACUUCCCACCCCCGUUGUACAGGAAUGGCAAGUGGUGUCAGGAGAUUUUUACAAGGAAGGGCGAAUUGCGUAACAUACACCGGCUACGUCACUGGGCCUUAUCGGACGUUCUGAGGGAGAAAUACCAUUUCCCGAAAGAGGAAGCGGAGAGGAUAGCCGCUUUCCUCAUUCCUAUGCUAGGCUUAUUACCGCAAGACAGAGCGAAUGCGGGUGGAAUGAGCAACAGCCCGUGGCUCGACGAUACCAAGGGUAUGCAAGGGUUGAAGCUCCCAACAGUCGUCGGUGCAAAAGGCGAUGGUGUUGAAGGCUGGGCCACCGAAAUCAGGAAACGAUAG